AUGGGAGAUCCUGUGGAGCAGUGGCUAGAGGACUGCCUCACCUUGCCCGGCAAGCUGCACCGCGCUCUGCGCCUCAUGGCCCAUCUCGAGCAAGAAGUGUCGCGGAUAGAGACCCAGUUUCGCGUGCGGGAAAAGGAGUACCUUGGACAACUGCGUCAGUCGCAGCAGCAAGGAACGCCGAGGCCAGCCCCGGAACAAGACGAGGAAAUCGGGGCCAUCAAGCGGCUCCACUUCAAGUGCCGCGCGUUGCUUCGCGAGAAAGUCGUGGUGAACAAGCAAAUCGCGUCGUUCAUCCACCAUGAGCAGCAACGACUAGUGAAGGAGCGAGACAAACUCCUCCACUCCAUGCACGGUCUCGGCGCCGCGGCGAAUCUGAAGUCGCACUCCGUCUCCGUAUCUCCGGAGCCAGGCGCGGCUGUGGCCGCGCCUGGCCACGCGGCCUCUGGCGUCGCCGGGGCGGGCGCGGUCGGGCCGCCCUCUUCGGGCGCGUUCGGCUCCACUCACGGCGGAGGGAGUGCAGGCGGCAGCACGGUUGGCCGCAGCGCGCUGAGGCGACGUGGCACAGACCGAAGUGCCCACCUCUCGGGGGCGAGCAGCGACGCAGCCCUCGUCCCCGGCGGAGGGCCAGGGCCAGAUCGAGCGGGCCUCGGCCUAGACGGAGACGGUAGCUUCUACCCGCGGGGCGCCGACAGGGGAGGUUUCAACGGCGAGUUCCAGACUGGAGCCCCGAGUGCGGUUUCUUCGGCCGGAGCGGGAUCGACUGCGGGCGGGCGCGCGCGGCAGCAGGGAGGCCCUCACGGCCUCAUGUUGGCGACGGGGGGAGGCCCGGGGGCGUGUCCGCCCUCGGCGGGAAGCGACGUCUCCGUCGGCUCGUCCACGGUCCAUCCGCCACCAAAGAAGGCCCGGAAGGCCCAUGACAGCCACGGCGCCUCAGCGUCCCGCCUUCCCUCCUCUCAGUCGAGCACGGUGACCGCCGGAGCCGUGGGGACGGCUGGCGCGGCGCCUGGGCCCUCGGCUUCUCACCCGAUUGGCGGCGCGCCUGGGGGGGGCGAAGGCCGAGGUUCAGUGGGCGUCUCGCUGUCUCCUGGCCUCGCACAUGGAGCCCAAGCUUCGGGCUCGAAAAGCGGAGGCAGCGGCAGGUCGCGACACCACCCCUCCCACAGCGGUCGCAGCCGACAUGAUGGUUCGAGAGCAGGAUCGACUUGUCCCGCGCCGGCCGUCUCUGGGACUCCGACGCCCGCGUUCGCUUCCUCGCACCGCCUGGGGCCGUCGCCGUACUAUCCGUCGGCUGCCAGUCCAGCGCUCGACCCCUCUGGCGCGCAUACAGCCAUGGGUUCGGGCUCGGCGCUGCCGGGAGGCGCCGCGGGCCCCAGCAUGGCCUCGAGUGGGGCCGGAACAGCCCCCAGCGAGAGCGCGGACACCUGGGAGGGAAUUUGCCCCGUAUGCCACAAGGGCGAGAGCUCCGAGUGCAACAACAUGGUAGCAUGCGACGCCUGUAACCAGUGGUUCCACUUUGAGUGUGUGGGCUACUCCGCCGAGACCCACGAGGACGACGCGUGGUUCUGUCCCCAGUGCUAUCAGAACGGGCUCGUUCCCUGA